AUGCCGCCAUCAAGACUGCGCAUGAGAGACGAUGUCCAACUCCGCCCCGACAAUUUCCUCAACCUACCCUACUACUGGACCAUAGCCCGGAACAAAACACACGAGGUCCUCUUCACGAGCAUAACAAACGGCUUAGAUCUUAUCAGCAACACAACCUCAGCAUCGGGUCUGUCGCAGAAAUACAUCACUCCAUGGACCAAACAGCUGAUUCCAGGCAGUUGUCAAACCUCCCACUCGGUUGAUCCGAUAACGAGCAGCAAUAACCCUGGCGCGCCAUUGAACUGCUCUCAAGCAUGCGUCGAUAUCUCCCUCCUCUUUGGCUCCCUUGCCACGUUGGCCAACUGCAUCACCCUUUCGUCGGCGGCCCUGACGAUCCAGAACAGAAGCCUCUCCCUCGGUCCACCGACCAAUUCUACCGCUCUCGCUCAGUUCGGCGUGACUUCCGCAGAUCUCACAAACUUCAACGGAGAUGCAAUGCUGAGAGGUGAAGUCCAAUGUGCUGUCGCGUCUUGUCCCGACUGUUCCCAAAACGAGCUCUCCGCGCUGCAUAAUCGUAACCUUUCCACUCUCGGAUCUGAUGACUUUUCCAUCAUCUCUGCCGGACUUGCCCAUUACUGCGAGGGGUUCGUAGCCAGGAUUGACUCGGACGUUGCCGGCCCUGGUGUCCUAAUAUCCCACCUCUCCCAAAGCUACCUCACCCUGUUCUUCUUCCUCCUCAUCAAACUCUUCAACUCCUGA